AUGGAAGCAACGGUUUUAAAAAAAAGAAAGACAACUAUUAGUAAAGGCAUUAUUAAAAAAACAAUCAAAAAUGUAAUUUGUAAACCAGAUACCUUAUAUUGGCCAACAUUAUCAGAAAAGGAAGAAAAAGAAUUAGAAGCCAUGCUAAUUAAGUAUCGUAUUGAUAUCCCACAUUUUAAAAAACUGCAUUGGAAUGAAUUAAAGAAUAUUCCCAAGAAUCAAAGGCCCAAACCACCAUCAGUUAAAAAAGCUGAAGGAUUUAUAUUUGGAAUAUCAGAAUGUAGCAGUUUAUUGGAAAAUAAUCAAGUUGCUGCUUUAAUUUUGGAGGCUGCAAUUAAUCCUAGAACUAUAGCACAAACAUUGUUACGAGUUUGUGAUAAGAACCAAGUGCCAGUAAGUGAUUGUGAUCAUCAGCCC